AUGAGUUAUGUGUUCUUUGCCCUACUUGGGCUUCCAUUACUGGCCUCCAUGGCACAGGUCGCCAUGGCACAGGCUAAUUAUGUUGCCUGUUUGCCGCAAGGUGAAAGGACGGCUGGUUUUAGUGCUCGUUUUUUCCCAUACGCUUUGAGCGAUCUUAGUUCGUAUAAGGACCCCGCCUAUAUGGGAUAUGGAUACGCGAACCAAGCACCUGUGGGAUCAGUCUCAGGUAUUGAGACUGUGGGUUUCAGGUAUUACCCAUGUAUUCUUCACCCUGGGGUUCCUUACUGUACUCGUACAGUCUUCUGGGGAUCUGACAUUUACGGAUUUAACACAACCCCUUCCAAUUUUACCGUUGAAGUUAGCGGCUAUUUCCUUGCGCCAUUGACUGGUCAGUACACCAUUGGUUUGCCCCAAGUUGACGAUUCUGCAGCUUUACAGUUUGGUGAUGGUGCUGCAUUCAACUGCUGUCAACAAAAUUUAAAGCCUCCCAAGAGUACCAAUUUUUCAAUUGACGCGGUGAGACCGCUAGAUGCUGUUGGUUAUAACGCGCAAAGCUCUGCUCAAGUGUCACUAAUUGCUGACUUUUACUACCCCAUUAGACUCGUGUACACAAAUCUUCAAGGUAAUGCAGUGUUAGGCUUCAAUAUAACUUUACCUGAUGGAAGAGUCAUCACCGAUUUCACUAAUUAUGCUUUCUCUUUUCCGGCCGAUGUUAAGCAACCAAGUUGUGCGAUAACAAAUCCUGUGAUCCCAAUCACUAGUACUACCACUAGGGGAUGGAGCGGAAGUGUCACAUCUACUUAUGGAACGACUACAACUUACGAGACUGGGACCGAUGGUGCAGUGACACCCGAAGUGAUUAUCGAAGUUGAAACGCCAACUGGUUCGUUGAGUUCGUACUCAUCGGUUUCUUCGUUUAGUUCAUCUGUGCCAAGCAGGGGAUCUUCUGCGCCAAGCAGUUUGUCCAUACCAACUGGUUCAUCUUCGGUUCCAAAAAGCAGCUCAAUUCCAAGCAGCUCUUCUGCUCAGCCAAGCUCUUCAACUCCUAAGAGCAGCUCUUCUGCUCCACCAAGCUCUUCUGCUCAGCCAAGCUCAUCUGCUCAGCCAAGCUCAUCUGCUCCACCAAGCUCAUCUGCUCAGCCAAGCUCUUCAACUCCUAAAAGCAGCUCGAUUCCAAGCAGCUCUUCUGCUCAGCCAAGCUCAUCUGCUCAGCCAAGCUCUUCUGCUCAGCCAAGCUCUUCUGUUCAGCCAAACUCUUUUGUUCCCAAGACCUCAUCUAUUCCAGCAAGUUCGUAUAGCAGUUCAUCCAAAUAUCCCGAGCCGGUCUUGCCCUCGUCGUCAUUCUUCACAUUGCCAUCUUAUAAUACGUCAAGCAGAACAGGAGCCAGCUCGCAGAGUCUCACCAGCGUUUCAACCUCAUCAUCACAGCAAUCAACACCCACCAGCCCAGAGAGUUACACACCUGCACCAACAUUUAGCAAAGAAUCCACUACCGUUUUUCCUCGAACUACAAGCUCAGCUCCUUCUUCGCUCACUGGGGACACUUUGAGUACAGUAACAACAAUUGACGGAAAGACUAAGAUUUACACAACCUCAUGUCCAUUAACUUUCAGCGAAAGCGUGUACAGCUCUUCGGCAGAUACAUUCAGCGAAGAAUCGACUACCUUCUCGACUGAAGCUUCAACUUCAGCUCAAAUUACAGUUCCUGGGAGCGUCUUGGGCACAGUAACAACGAUUGUUGAUGGGAAGAUAACGAUUUACACAACCACCUGUCCAAUAAGUCUUGGUCAAAGCAUGUCAAGUUCUUCCUCAAAUACAGCUAUUGUUACAGAAACAAAGACUAGAGAGCGUGAUGGUUCAGGUGAUUCAGUGCAGUCUCAGGGAAGCCAAGCUGCGGCAGGUCAGAUAUCUAAAAGUCGUUCAAACACAUCUCCAGAAAGAACUUCAGCGGCAACUAGAGAUGUAUCUCAAGACACCGAAAAGACGACCUUGACCACCAUGUCGAGUUCCAGUACAGCAGCUUCUCAGAAUUUGGCUUCCGUUGCCGUUGCACAAUUCUCUUCCUCAGGAAAUGAACCUGUAAUUAGUGCCACUCACUCGGUCGCACCCGUAUCAUCCUUCGAAGGCUUAGCUCACAGGGCAGAGUUUGGGAUUUAUGGCUUACUUUUGGCUGUCUUGCCAAUUCUUGUAUGA